AUGGCUCGAGAAGAGCCGCUUCUGGCCCCGCGCCCCUCCUCUGACCACUCCUCCAUCCGCAAUGCCGAGGAGGAAGACGCCCUGUUGACCGGGGUCCGCACUCACCGUCACCAGCGCCGGGGAUGGGCCCUCUGGAAGGAAAUCGGUCUCUUCACCUGGGCCCUGGUCGCUACGGUCGCCGUCAUUGUUCUCUCUGUCGUCUAUCAGCAUGAAUCUAGUCGGACCCAUGGUCCCUCGAAAGAACCCUGGGGGAAGCCGACCGGCAAACGGAACCUGAUCUUCAUGGUGUCCGAUGGAAUGGGCCCUGCUAGUCUGUCCAUGACCAGGAGCUAUAAACAGCUAACACAAGGACUCCCUAUUGACGACAUCCUCAUGCUGGAUAAGCAUAUCGUCGGUACCUCCCGCACCAGAUCGAGUUCCAGCCUUGUGACCGAUUCCGCCGCCGGAGCGACUGCAUUCUCGUGCGGCCACAAGAGCUACAACGGCGCCAUCUCCGUGCUUCCUGACCACUCGCCUUGUGGUACCGUCCUCGAGGCAGCCUCCUUGGCCGGUUACAAGACGGGGCUGGUGGUGACAACCCGUAUCACCGAUGCGACCCCUGCUUGCUUCGCCUCACACGUGAAUCUCCGACAGUAUGAGGACCGCAUUGCGGAGCAGGAGAUCGGGGAACACCCGCUGGGUCGGGUGGUGGAUCUCAUCAUGGGUGGAGGCCGGUGCCACUUCCUGCCCAACUCUACCGACGGAAGCUGUCGAGGGGAUGACCGCGACCUGGUCGAUAUUGCGAAGAAGGGCGGAUUCCACUACUUGCACGAUCGGGCCGGGUUUGACUCUCUGAACGAAGGCACCGAAACCAAGUUGCCGCUGCUAGGUCUCUUUGCGGAGAAAGAUAUUCCCUUCGAGAUUGACCGCCGCAGCCAGGAUGACGUGUAUCCCUCUCUCGCGGAGAUGGCCCGUGCUGCCUUGACGACUCUCAGCCAGGCCACCGCCGACAGUGACCAAGGUUUCUUCCUCAUGAUCGAAGGGUCACGCAUCGACCAUGCCGGUCACGGGAAUGAUCCCGCUGCCCAAGUCAAUGAGGUUCUGGCCUAUGACAAGGCCUUCGCAGCCGUGCUGGAGUUCUUGGAGAAGGACUCCACCCCGGGGGUGGUCGUGAGCACCUCCGAUCACGAGACCGGAGGGUUGUCGGUUGCACGGCAGUUACACCCUGAGUAUCCAGACUACAAGUGGCUUCCCGGUGUUCUCGCCAAUGCCAGCCACUCCGCCGAAUACGUCAACAAGAAGCUAGCGAACUACCUCGCUGUGGAAAACAGUGACGCUGCGUUGCGCAACUUCGUCCACAAGCUCUUGGUAGAGGAUCUUGGUAUUUCCGAUGUCACAGACGAGGAGGUUUACGCCGUCAUCGACCCCGACUCCCCAUAUGCGCCCAAAGACGUGUUUGCAGACAUCAUCAGCCGAAGGGCCCAGAUCGGAUGGGCCACCCACGGACAUUCCGCUGUCGACGUAAAUAUCUAUGCCUCCUCCAACGAACACGGGUUUCCCCUCGUCGGUAACCACGAAAACACUGAAGUUGGCGACUUCCUGGCCAACUAUCUAGACCUGGACCUUAAGAGCACAACCAAGAAACUCCGCUCAUCCGACUACUGGUCCAUGUCUUCCUCCUCCGAGGAUAAAUACUUGGGUUGGCUCGGCGAUCCUCUGGGCGAAGACGUCCGAACCGAAGGACUAGACACCUACCAUGGCGAGUUCCGAAAGCGCGGACUCUCCGAGAGAGGCUGCAGCUGUGGCGAAACCCACUGA